UAAAAGAUUAAGAGGAGAAGAGAGGAUGAUAGGAAAAAGUAAAGAAAUUAAGUGGUCUUACAUAGACCCAAUACAGAUUUUUAAACGGUGGGAACCAUGAUCCGAGGGAUCUCUUGUUGUACUUCCUGUUAAGCCUGAUUGACAGACUUUCUUAUGAUAUGAUUCCUAAAUCACAAUAGCUACGAAAUCGGUCAUCUGUGCACUCUAAUACAGACUAGGAUUGACAGUACAUGAGCAGGUAUGCUCUGUUUAGGUGACCAUGAAGGAUGGAAAUGGUCGGAUGUACACGUUCCAGUGUAACUGCUGGAUUCAUGAUGAAAGAAAAUCAUCACGGCGUCUCCAAUCUGAAAAUUGUUACUGGAAUGACCCCAUCCCAAACUGUGCGACUGUAGUGCGUGUAACAUGUCAAACGGGCACAUGUGGUAGAUGUAUUGAUGGCUACUUUCUUUCCGAUGGAUCCUGUAUUGGUGAACGAAUUCGCUUAGUGAAUGGUAUUGCGCCAAAUGAAGGCCGUGUGGAGAUUUACCACGAUGGACAAUGGGGAACAGUUUGUGAUGACAAUUUUCAUUAUGACGAAGCCCGAACAGUUUGUGAGGCACUUGGCUACCGAUCUGGAACACCUUUUGAAAAAGCAUACUUCGAUAGAGGAACCGGGCCUAUUUUUGUGGACGAUCUUCAAUGUUCAGUAUCAGAUACUGGCAUACAUCAAUUGCAAUUAGGCAAAACAUUUUGCUUUUUCAAUGACUGGAAUGUAUCCAAUUGCGAUCACGGAGAAGAUGCCGGAGUUAUAUGUAGCGCAGGAUAUAAAUUACAGAGUGUCACCUGCCAGCAGAGCUGGACAGAAUAUAACAGCCACUGUUAUAAGUUAUUUAUGAACUCUGUGACGUGGCCGGAAGCACAGAAACAAUGUCGUGACCAUGGUAGCGACCUUGUGACCGUAGAAAAUCAAGAAGAAAAUAAUUGGUUAAAGAAUAACCAGUUUGUACAAGAGGAUCCCUGGAUUGGUGCACAUACUGCUGAUAUACAAGUCGUCUGGAGAUGGGUGUCGGACAACUCUUUAGUGAUGUAUUCGGACUGGGGACCGAGUGAACCAAAUAAUAUCGAUGGUAUAGAAGAUUGUGUUCAAUACAAGUACAGCCGAUGGAAUGAUGCACCCUGUAUAGAUUCACAUGUAUUUAUAUGCAAACAAAAAGCUGGAUAUACACGUGUUCGUUUAGUAAAUGGUAGUACGCCAAAUGAAGGCCGUGUCGAGAUUUAUCAUGAUGGCGAUUGGGGAACAAUUUGUGAUGACAAUUUUCAUAAAGAUGAAGCCCGGGCAGUGUGUGAGGCACUUGGCUACAGAAAUGGAGAUGCAUCUGGAGAAGCAUACUUUGGAAGAGGAACUAAACCUAUUUUCGUGGAUAAUCUAAAUUGUUCUGUAUCAGAAUCUGGUAUACAUUCGCUGCAAUUGGGCAAAACAUUGUGUUUUUUUAAUGGAUGGCAUGUAUCUGAUUGUGAUCAUGGAAACGAUGCUGGAGUGAUAUGUAACG